AUGUUGCCGAAGCUUGACGUAUCCUGUAUCGGCGGCGACUCGUUCCGCCCACGCUGGCGAUCCAACAUACGUCGCCGCAUUCUGUCGAUAUACAUAUCCUUGUCCGUGCUUUUCGGUCCCCGACAAAUGUUCGCUUUUCUGUUUUUGCUGCCGCUAGUAACUGCGCAAGGACGCUCGUUCGCCGACACGGUGUUCGAUGUGCCGGCUGACCUUCUCGGAGGUGGUUCAGCACUAACAGCAGCUCAGGCGGCCCCAACGAACUUAGCUGUCCAGCCUCCGAUCGUGCAACCUCCUCCUCAGUUGCCAGCGUUCGAGAUGCCUCGCCUGCCAGCCUUCGAUGGCUUCACUCAACCGCCAGUCACUCCGGCUCCUUUCACGUUCCCGACUCACGCUCCGUUCACUCUUCCAACUCAUGCUCCGUUUACGCUGCCGACGCAUCCGACAUUUACCUUCCCCACGCAUCCGACAAUUGCGCCGAUGACGUUCCCCACUCCUGCACCGCCAGUCCAACAGCCAUUCUUUGUUCCGCCUGUUCAGCAGCAGUUUUUUGCUCCACAGCAAACACAGUACUACGGCUACCCCAGUUACUUCAAUCAGCAACAACCCCAACAGGUUAAUAAUUUAAGAAGCUUAAUUGUGAAAAGAGAUAUCUCUUCAAAAAAAUUUCAAAUUACUUAUUAAAUUUUUUUGAGCGACUCAGCGGAUAAGUUAGAAAUUGAAAAAAAGAUGCGAAAGGGCAAAUUAAAAAAAUUUUUUAAUACAGGUUUGAUUGAUAUUUGGCCUGUUUUUCGAAAUUAUUUUUUUACCACUCAUUUUCUUUUUCUUCAAUGAUACCAAAUUUUUUUAUUUAAAAAAAUAUAUAUGUACAUAUCAGCUUUCAUUUACCUUCCAAAUCAUUCGAUAUAAUCGAUAUAAUCGAAUGAUUUGGAAGGUAAAUGAAAGCUGAGUUUCCUUUGAGUUGAACAAAAAGUGUAUGGUUAUCACAGUUCAACAUUUAAACAUCACAUUAUUCCAAAAAAAGAAAAUUUUCAGGUCUAUUCAGCGCCAGUGUAUCCUCAACAACAAUACGGACUUUAUCAACCUCAGCUUCAAUUGCCGCAAACACAACAGUAUCAACCUCAACCACAACCACAACCCCAAUCCCAACCUCUACCACAGCCUCAACCACAACCUCAAUCGCAGCCACAGCUUCAGACCCCAGAGAUUCAGAACAUUUAUAACCAGCAGUCCAUUCCAGCUCAGAGUUACCAAGAGAAAACUCAACCGGAGGUUCCCCAAGUCUCCAACCAGGUCCCUGUGAGCCAGGAAACGUCGCGGAUUUCAAUCAGUCCAGCGAAAUCACCUUUGGCUCUUGCGGCCCCGAAGGUUAAUCAUAAUUCUAAUUAUUUUUUUCCUGUCUAAAAAAAUUCCUUCAAAAAUGUUUUUUUUAAAAAAGCGAACAGAAGUUACAACUAGUUUUGUAUGCAUAAAAAAGAGAAACAGAAUUUUUGAAAAGAAUUUUGAAAAGUCUAUGUGGUCACAGAGGUAAGGAUAUUUCAAUUCUUUUUACAAAAGGUCAAACUCAGUCAACUUUCUUCACAAUUUUUUUUCAGUUUAUCCUUAUUUGUGAUUUUUUUGUUAUUUACUCAUUAUAUUUUUAGAAAUAUCAUUAACUAGACAGACUUUCUCAGAUUGCCGAGGAAACGAAUCAAAGCGCGGAGGUUGUGCCAACGGCCUCGGUCGAGGGACAAAAAACGGCGGCAAAUCCGUCGACACACCUAGCCCAAACGAAAGUGAACGUCUCGGCGACGCAAGUCCUCGAACACGCGACCCUCGAGGCCGAGGUUCGUCUUUCUGUUUUCGACAAAGAUGUCAAAUAUCCUGCUGGCGACGAGGAAACACGUUUUUCCUCGCUUUUCGGUCAGGAACUCGUUGGACGAGAUUGCAUUUUGGGGUUCAGGUCGACGCGACAGUCGAUAGGCAUCUCUGGUUCGACGCCACCUUUGACACUACAGGUACUGACAGUGCCUCUAAUUCAAGCACUGCUUUUCAGAAUGCCGUAGGAACCUGACCGGAAUCGGCGCCAGAUUCCAGAAGAAGUUGCCAUCCUACUUGAAGAAGAGCGGAAAGGUUCACAAGUGACCUUCAGACUCCAAACUCAAGCACCAUCACAUUUCUAGGAUUCUGCACUAGCAAAGCUCGUGGAGCAACGAGUCAUCGAAUGCGACCGAAAAUCGACGGCUUCCCACUGGGAUAAGGUCGACCAACUCCUCGCCAAGAUCAACUUAUCCAAGACGUUUGUUCUAUUCUCAUACGGAAAAUAACUUCUUUUUGAAAUUAUUCAUUCGUUGAAGAUUAUAAUUUAUUUUUCAUGUGCCACAACUUGAAACAUUUUAACUUCUAGACGUCGUCUUUUCUCGCGGCUUUCUCAUGUUUAUUUACUAUUUUCACCUUGCUUGACCGUUGAGGGAAAAGAGACAUAGACUUGCUUGACUUCUCAAUUGAAUGAAUGAAAUGUUUAUUUCGCUCACAGACAGAUCUGUGGCGUGGAGGAAGAGAACCAUGAAAGUUAUAUUUGCCUCACUUCGAUAAAGUUCCACUUUAAUCUAAAAAAAUAUUUUAGGUCGAAAUUCGAAGAGAAUCAAAAAGAAAAAUUAAUCUAUAAACGAGUUUGAAUCAUUUUGUGAAAUUUGCAGCUUCCUUAUCAAAAAAACCAAUUUUUUUCAAACAAAUUUUAAAUCUUCUUUGGUCAUCUCAAAAACCAUAACUCUGUUUAAGCCGUUCCAGUAUUUAUACACGCGUUGCGUAAUAAAGUUGUAGUGAACAUGAUGGAUUGGUGGUGGUUCGAGUUUAAGGCCGUUCAAAAAUAUAAUUUUAUAAAUAUAAGUCAAAAAUAUAACUUUCUUUGAAAAUACAGAUAUUCAUUUUAAUUUUAAGUGGUAAUUCGAACAUGCGAAGCACGGCUCUGGUCAUAUGAUACGAUAUUAAUAAUUCUUUGUGAUCACUCAGAUAAUAUUUGCUCAUUUUUAACUUAUUUAGCCCUUUGAAUCGAAAGUGUCAAGCUCGUAAGAAUGAAGAGAUUUCCAUCAUUUUUUAGCAAUGUUUUUUAGAAUCAAGGUAAAAGAAUAAGUCACGUUUUAAAAAGUAUGCACAGGCCUUAUUAACUUAUAACCGAAAAACCUUUCUGAACUACCGUAAUACGACCGGCGUGUCAAGAUCAUGAAGUGGAUAAAAAGGUUUAUGACAAGUUGUUAGUAAAGACCUAUUUUAAUAUUAUGUUAUAACUUUCUUACAGUGAGGAGUCCGAGUGUCGUGCAGGUCUAAUUCAAGAACGCAUAUCUUGCUUUAAUGUUGUCAAGUUUGCGUGCCAAUUCGUGGACGAGGCUUUCUUAUUUAAACUCAUCCCAGCCAGAAUAACUAUUCAGGUAAAUUUUUUUAUCGACUACCGCAAAGCGAUAUUUUUUUUAGGAAGCAAGGCAAGCUGAAGGAGGCGCCGAAAAAUGCCGGAAAGUCGUCCGAACGGUUAAGAAACGAGUUGAGCAGGAACCAUGA